AUGCUUCACUUUUGGCGGAAGAAGAAGUCGCCCAGUGAAGAUCUGAGCAGCAGCACAUCGAUCCGUACAGACUCGUCGUCGCCGGUGCCUGUGGCUACUACCCCUGCGGUGCAAGUGACCAUGAGUGAGACGAAGUUCGGCGUCGAUGAUCGGCGCCGCAAGCUCUUCUCCUUCCCAAGGAAGAUGCAGAAGGGUAACAAGAGCCACCAUCGGUUCCCGAGUAAGACCGGCUCGGAGGACAGCACCACCGGCGAUUGUUCGAGCAUAUCUUGCAGUAUGGACGGCGGCGGUGGGGGUCAUUCGGAUGAUGGCGACUCGAAUGCUAGCAGUGGUACGGCAACGGCGGCCGACGAGGAGCUGUUUGGUUUCCGGCAUCUCAGAGCGUAUUGCGUCCUCGAUGGGUCGACGUUACCUCAGAGGAAGGAUGGUCGUCACGUCGUGCGGACGAUCACCUUCAAGCGCGACAAGGUCGGCGAGUUCAGCUUUUCGUUCCACCGCGUUCAUUUGAUCGAGUGUCUUUUGGACGGUACCGAAAAUGAGCGACCGCUGACUUUUGUCGAGCCUCAAAAUCGCGGUGAGAAGAACAAAAGGGAAACAGUGUUGCCCGGCGAAUUGCUGUUGCGGAUCAACGGUACAUCCGUCGAGAAUCUGACCAAAGACGAAAUCGCUCGACUACUGCAAUGCGCAUGCGAUGAGGUGUCGUUGGAUGUGUGCCAGGCUCCUGAGUUGAUGAACUACUCGUUUCUUUACCCGGAACUACAGCAAUCGCUGGUGACACCAGGUGACCACGACGUGGACAUUGGUCAAAUUUCCAGCUACGCAGCGGACUUUUGGCAUAGGGAUAUGCAAAACAGUGAGCUGGUCUCCUCAGUGCUGAGAAGAAGCGUCGACAAUGGAAGUUGCGUGUGGCUGGCUCACAUCAAAGGCUUUUGCCCGGCGACGGUGGUCGGCCCCGCCGAACUGGAGGGAACCUUACGCAUAAAGCUUGACGACUUAGACAAGGAAAUUGUGGUUGACGAAAGCGACAUCGAACGAAGAAACCCCGAACAUCUGAACUACUGUGAAGAUCUGCGUUUGUUGAUAUUUCUGAAUGAGUCAUCGGUUGGUCACGUAUUGCGGAUGCGGUUUUUGCGUCAUCUUCCGUAUACUCGAGUGGCGUCUCAUAGCACCAUAUGCCUGACUACCGGCGUCGCUGCUGCACCUCUCUCGGCGAAGAUAACCGAGUUUUACCAUCGGUUGCCGUCGCAGUCGAUGCCCGUUCAUUUGUUCAGCAUCGCUAAAGGGGUCUUGGAAAAGAUCGUCGCCACCAGACGAUCGGGCGCAAUCGUUUUUACGGGUCGUUCUGGUUCCGGCAAGACCACGCAGCUGUCACAGUUGCUGAGCUUCAUGUGCUCGUCUGUUCGAAGCAAAGUUCCUCGACUUAAGCUUGAAGCGGCUCAGUUCAUCUUGAGCAGUUUCGGCAACUGUUGUACGAUGCUCAACGCCAGCGCUUCCCGAUAUGCUGCGCUUUACAGCAUCGAGCUGGACGAAAAGCUGGACGUAUCCGGGAUAUUUGUGCAGACGUUUCUACUGGAACACACCCGCGUCACGAAACGCUUUUUCGGCGAAACGAACUUCUUUGUCUUUUACUUCAUGUGGGAGGGAAAAGAUUCAGAUUUGAGAUACAUUCUGGUCAGAUAUGCGGUGGUUUUUCAGAGCGGUAGAAGCAUCGACCUAUCGACCUUUCCGAUCACGGUUCAACGACUCAUCGAGCGUAAACCGUUGAUGCUGUGCGGUAGAAAGGCUGCACAGCUCGAUCUGAUCGAAGAGCCACCGUCUGCACUCAUCGGGGGAUUCGAUCAGGUUUUGGACUGUGCCUUAGCGAAAGAGCGAUGGGAAAAGCUUCUCGAAUCGUUUCGAAUGCUAGGCGUCCACCGCAACGCUGUUUCGGUCGUGUUCAACAUGCUUGCCGCUGUUUUCCACCUUUACUACGCCGGUUCUACCAAAGGUUUACCCAGUGCCAAAUCGACGUUCGCCAAACCAGUGCAUGCACAGUUUGCCGCUGACCUUCUUGGCGUCGACAUCAACGAUCUGCAGUCUGCCAUAUUCGCGUCGUCGCAGCAACGAAGGAUAGAUUCGCCAGUGAACGAGAAGAAGGGGCAUAGUUCGGUCACGAAAAAGGACAAAAUCUCGCGUGUUAGCUGUCUUGAGCGACUGGCGGUGACACAGUGCCCGGGCGAUGGCGACGAAGCGUUGAACAGUUUCAUCUGCAACCUGUAUCGCGAAACGUUUCUCCUCGUAACCGAUCUCAUCAAUUGCGCCAUUUCGUCUGGCAAGCCGUCAUCAUCAAGCACGUGCCUGCAGUUGAUCGACUAUCCAGGCUAUCAGAAGCCGUUUCCGUCGCGAGUGUCUAACAGAAGUGGUGCCUCUUGGGCGGAAUUCGCGUAUAAUUACGUAAACGAACGUAUCGCCGGCGUCUAUCAUGAUUCGUGCUUUGCCAGCGUGUUGGACGCGUACAAAAGGGAAGGCUUGGACGUUCAGUUCGAUUACCCGGCAAGUUCGCCUUUCGGCGUAAUUGAUGUGAUAGAUUCACCGCCCAAACACAUGCGUUCUAACUUGAGCCCAUCAAAUAAAGAGAAACGCGGAAUCCUGUGGUUAUUGGACGACAUGUCUGCAUUUACUGGUUCGACCGACGAGUCGUUUCUCGAACGGCUAUUUGCUCACUACGGACAGAACGAUGCACUGAAGAAGGCGAAAUCUUAUGGGCACUUCACAAUCCGGCACGCUCUGGGCACUUUUCCGGUCACCUACAACACCAGUGGCUGGCUGAAGCAAAUCAGGGAGAGCGUCUUCGCACGAACCGUCCUGCCGCUACUUCAGAACUCGAAAAAGGAAACCGUGGCUUCACUGUUUGGUCAUCUGCAUCAGUCGUACGGCGUGCUUACAGCGUCGUCGGUCUCAUCGCAGAACAACGGCGGUGCCGCUUUGAAACGUUCGCUCAGUCUCAUGAAAGUGCUCAACUCCCAACAGCCUCUCAAGCGGAACAGUUGCUGCUCAUAUCUGAAAGUUCAAACGGACGUGUUGGUGGAAAGCAUUCAACGCUGCUCUGAUUGUCAUUUCCUUCACUGUUUCGUGCCUUCGAUGCAUACAGGUUCAGGCGCUGCGCGGUCAGCGGAAAAAGAAGUUACUGUCGAUGAAGCCGUAAUUCGUCAGCAGCUGAGGGGUCUGCAUUUGGUCGACGCCGUUCGCCUGGAAAAAAUCGGCUACCCGGAAUCGAUUUCAUACGCUGAACUGUUACAACAGUACAAGUGUCUCCAAAAUGUCACCACCGAAAAUUCCUCCUCGGAGACGAACAACGACAGAUGUGUUGCAACCCAGCUUCUUACUCACCUGGGCGUCGAUAGUGGCCAAGUGAAGUUCGGUUAUUCGCGGGUGUUCAUGAAAUGCGGCGUGUCCGCGUUUCUGCGAAACAAACGCAACGAGUUUUUCUCAGAGUUUAUCACGCGAUUCCAAGGCUUGUGUCGUGGUUUUCUUGCUCGACGGAAGUUGGCUAAGCUCAGGGCUCAACAAGCCGCGAUCAUGAUCAUUCAGCGAAACGCCAAGAAGUACAUGUGUUUUCGGUCAUGGCCAUGGUGGAAGUUGUACACGCGUUUGCUCCCAGUGCUGAACGUUCAUCAGGCAGAGGAGAAAAUAAAGCAACAAGGCGAAGAACUAGAGACUAUCCGAGAAAACGUCAAACGAUUCGAAUCGACAGUUUCCGAAUUGACCAAAGAGCGAGAUUCUUUGCAGUCGCAGAUAUUGGACGUGCGAGCUGAACUGAACGAAGAACGCAUUGACAAUACUCGGCUGUCUCAGGCACUAGAGGAAGAGACAACAAUGAGGUUGCAGGUUGACCAAGAACUGAGCGAUCUAAAGGAAAGGUACACCGCUUUGGAGACCCAUUUUAAAGACCAAUACGCAGACCUGGUACAACUACAACAGAUCAGUAUGUCCAUGCAGCCUGCAUCAUCCGUCCUGUCGAAACCGUUUACACAGACAGACGUAAAGGAAGCUGAAGCGGAAUUGGUAGACGCGCAGAUGCUUCAACGGAGUUUGCAAGAAGCGUUGGAAAAAAAAGAAACAAAGAUCAUGCAAGAACUCGCUGCGAAGGCGGAACUGGAGUCCAAGCUCAAUGAUUUGGUGAAGGAAAACAAGAGUCUACAAGAAAAAGCCAGUAUCUAUAAAAACCGAGCGGACAAGGCGUGUCAAGAACUUCAGGACAUGCGAGCAAACGUUCAGCAGCUGGACUCUGCAAACGCGACCCUGGCACAGGAAAAAGUGAACUUCAACGAUAAACUGGCGACUGUAAUGAAGGACUUCAUGAAAGCGCAAAAUGAGAAAGAUGCAUUGAGACAUGAGAAAGACGAACUGCUUACUCGCUGUUACACCAUGGAACGGGAGUUACAUUUGCUGAAGGACGAUCUGCUGUUGAGCGAAACGAAAUUGAAGCAACGAGAGCGUGAAAUCAGC